ACCAAUUACACUUAGCAAAAUAAAAAAUAAAAAAUUAGCAACAUGGCUGUAGAGACAAAGACUCCAUUUCUUCUUCUUCUUCUUAUCUUAAGCUUGUUUUUCUUUGCUUUUCUUUCUCCAUGCAGGGGUGAGUGCAAAUUUACAGCAAAUGAGUGUACUAAAGUUCAAGGAAUGUUUGUAUUUGGAAGCUCUUUAGUUGAUAAUGGGAAUAACAAUUUUCUUGUAAACUCAUUGGCUAAGGCAAAUUACUUGCCAUAUGGAGUUGAUUUUCCUUUAUUAGGGCCUUCUGGAAGAUUCACAAAUGGCAAAAAUGUAAUUGACAUUAUUGGAGAACAUCUAAAGCUUCCUGUUUAUAUUCCAAAUUUCAAUGAUCCUGAAACUAAAGGAAGUAAGAUUGUUAAUGGUGUCAACUUUGCUUCUGGAGGUUCUGGCAUUCUUGAUAAUACUGGUGCUGUUGCUGGGGAGGUGAUUAGUUUAAAUAAACAAAUAAGGAACUUUGAGAAUGUGACAUUGGCAGAGUUGGAGGAGCAGCUAGGUUGCAAAAGCAAUGAAUCACUGAAGGAUUACUUGUUUGUGGUGGGAAGUGGAGGAAAUGACUACUCACUCAACUACUUCCUGGGCUUAACCAACAACAAUGUCAGUCUUCAAGAUUUCACUGCAAAUUUGACCACUACACUCUCUCACCAACUCAAGAGGUUGUAUAAUAUGGGAGCUAGGAAAUUUGUGCUCAUGGCAUUAUAUCCCAAUGGGUGCAGCCCAAUGGCUAGGGCUAGAAAUCCCAUGACCACUGGUUGCAUAGAAAGUCUGAAUAGAGCUGCACUUCUCUUCAAUGCUAACUUGAGGAGUUUGGUUGAUUCCAUAAGGCUUCAAAUGCCUGGUUCUACACUUGUCUUUGUCAAUGCUUACAAGGUCAUUAUGGAUAUCUUACAAAAUCCUACUCCUAAAGGUUUUGGUGAUACCAAGAACCCUUGUUGCGAAGUGGGUGGAACUGGAACUUUAUGCAAAAUGGGAGGAAAUAUUUGUUCAAAGAGGAAUGCAUAUGUUUAUUUUGAUGGCUUGCAUCCAACUGAAGCAGUAAACAUUGUGCUUGCUAAUAAGGCUUUUGCUUCCAAUCUCAAAGCUGAAGUCUAUCCUACAAAUGUUAAACUGUUGUCUCAAGUUUAAGACAUUGGCCUUUGUCAUGUCUAAUUUAUUUUCUUUGGUAGAAUUUACGUGGGUAGAUAAGUAUUAUACUUGUACUAUCUCAAUUGCUUUAAUAUGUGAUGUUUAUCUUAGUUGAAGAAGCCAAGUCAUAAAAAAGAAAUCUUUCUCUUCA